AUGUCUCCGACCCUAUCUCUCGACUUGCAAGCCCCCAAUGGGGUGAAGUACACUCAGCCCACGGGUCUGUUCAUCAACAAUGAAUUUGUCGCAUCCUCUAGCGGCCAGAGCAUUGUCUCAAUUGACCCUGCGACUGAGAAAGAAAUCGCCAAGGUUCAGGCCGCGGACACGACCGACGUGGACAAAGCUGUCAGAGCGGCCUCGGCGGUCAUGAAAAAUGAUUCUUGGAAGAAGCUAUCUGCCUCCGACCGUGGUCUAAAGAUGUCACGUCUUGCCGACCUCAUCGAGCAAAAGCGAGAGCUCUUCGCUACUAUUGAUGCAUGGGAUAACGGAAAGUCGUACAAGGAGGCGAUCGAGGGUGACCUGGUUGAAGCCGUUGGUGUGGUACGCUACUACGCUGGCUGGGCAGACAAGUCGUUUGGCCAGACGAUCAGCACUACCCACGAAAAGUUCGCGUACACCAUCCGUCAGCCUAUUGGUGUGGUAGCCCAGAUCAUCCCCUGGAACUACCCACUAUGCAUGGCCAUCUGGAAGUUAGGCCCGGCCCUGGCUUGUGGUAAUGCGAUCGUCCUUAAACCCGCCGACCAGACUCCUCUGAGUGCUUUGGUUCUGGCUGAGCUUGUUAAGGAAGCUGGUUUCCCUCCAGGUGUCUUCAAUGUUAUCAACGGUGGAAGAGAGACUGGAACAGCCCUUGUUCAGCACCCUCUCGUUGAUAAGGUUGCAUUUACAGGCUCUACGGCUACUGCUGUGGAUAUUAUGGGCAAUGCGGCAAAAACGCUAAAGAACAUUACCCUCGAGACAGGAGGCAAGUCACCUCUUCUUGUGUUUGAAGAUGCUGAGUUGGACCAAGCCGUCAAAUGGUCUCAUUUCGGUAUCAUGUCCAACCAGGGACAGAUUUGUACUGCGACUUCCCGUAUUCUUGUUCAGGAUGGAAUUUACGACAGGUUUAUCAAGAGCUUCUUGGACACAACAAAGAUCGUGAGCAAACUGGGCAACCAGUGGGACACAUCGACAUACCAGGGACCCUUAGUGUCUAAAGCUCAAUACGACCGCGUUCUCCAAUAUAUCGACAUCGGAAAGAAGGAGGGUGCCACUGUUGCUACUGGCGGGGAGCCCACCACCGUCGCCGGCGAUAAGAGCGGAAAGGGCUUCUGGGUAGCCCCCACAGUGUUCACCGAUGUGAAGCCUGCCAUGCGCAUCUUUCGAGAGGAAAUCUUUGGCCCGGUUGUGGUUGUUCUUCGUUUUAAAACAGAAGAAGAGGCUGUUGCUUUGGCCAACGACACUACAUACGGUCUCGGCGCUGCUGCAUUUACGACCGACCUCGAGCGAGCCCACCGCGUUGCCCAGGAAAUCGAAGCUGGUAUGGUUUGGAUCAAUAGUAGUCAGGACUGUGACCCUAGGGUACCAUUUGGAGGUGUCAAGCAGAGUGGUAUUGGCAGGGAAUUGGGGGAGGCCGGAUUGGAAGCAUACACGAACAUCAAGGCUGUUCAUGUGAAUAUGGGAAACAAGCUCUGA